GAGCGUGUCCUUUAAGUUCAUUGUGAGCGUGAAUUGCGAGUUCACAUCGUGGUGCGUCGUCUUAUUCGUUUGUUUGCUCGUUGGUUUUUUUUUGUUUAGUUUUUUUUUUUUUUUUUCAAUUUUUUGGUCAUGUAAAUAAAUGCGAUAAUUCUCGAUAAUCGGGAAAUUAAUACACACGUAUAGUUACCUACUUGAGAAAUAGAAGGGAAAAAAAAACGAAAAAAAAAACACGAAAAAACAACAAAAAAAGGUGACGGCAUCGACGAAGAAAAAAUAAAAUUUCAAAAGUGGCGUCGGUGUGCGUGGAAAUGCGGUGCGUUCGUGAGUUUGCAUUGUGAUCGGUAUCGGUGCAGUUCGACCUUUGCGCGCAUAUUUGUGCCCGUAUAGUCGAUUUUUGUGACAAUUCGCGAGUGCCAUUUGAUUUACUAAUUCGCCGUCUACGUUACGUUAUUUUACGCUGGUAUUGCGUCAUUCGCCCACUAUUAAGCUCACCCAUGAAUGGAAAAUGCGUCGUUUAACGAUAUUCGCUGGAAUUUUCAAUUUAUGCUUCAUUGUAACGCUAUGCGCGGAAAAUCACACGUUCGGUGCGCAACUGUCGCUGUCGGCUCAACAAUCUAACGCUGUCCAAAAUGAACGUCGCACCGAUGUUUCGCAAAACACAUUGCCUUCGCAAAUUCAAAGAAGAAUCGGGGACAUCGCCGACUACGGUGGUGUAGGUGGCGGUGACCAUCACGAACACCACGAACACCACGAUCCGCACCACGAUCAUCACGAGCCGUUAAAAGGAUACUGGAAAAAGAAGCUGAUAUGGAAGCCGGGCUGGGUGAAAACGUGGAAGCCGGGCAAGAAACAAAUCUGGAAACCGUCGUGGAAGCAGGUGUGGAAGCCGAUUUGGGUAGAGACUAAGAAGCAAGGAUGGAAAGAGAUCCAAGUGCCGGAUUGGAAGAAAAUAUACAAACCGGUGUGGGUGCCGAUAUCGGUUCCGGCGUGGAAAGAAAUCCAGGUGCCGUACUGGAAGAAGAUCUACAAGCCGAUCUGGGUGCCGAUCUCCGUGCCGGCGUGGAAAGAAGUCAAAGUUCCGGACUGGAAAAAAGUCUACAAACCGAUAUGGGAGCAUAUCGAAGUGCCAGCGUGGAAAGAGUACCAAGUGCCGGCGUGGAAGAAGAUCUGGGUGCCGGAGCUGGUCAAGGUGGCCGUUCCCGGACACAAGCCGCUCGGAACCGAUCACCACGGCUGGGAAUACGUAGCCCACGAUCUGUGGAAGAAGAAGGUCGUCUGGAAGCCGCACUACAAGAAGAUAUGGAUCGCCAAAAAGAAGCAGAUCUGGAUACCGGAGAAGAAGCUCGCCUGGAAAGAAGAAUGGAAACAAAUUUGGCGCGUCGAGAAGAAACAAAUAUGGGUGAAGGAUAAGAAACUCGCCUGGAAGGAAGCCUGGAAACAAGAAUGGAAGACUGCCAAGAAACAAAUCUGGGUGGAAGAUAAGAAAUUAGAGUGGAAGGAAGCCUGGAAACAGGUAUGGAGGACGGAAAAGAAAGAGAUCUGGAUUCCGGACAAGAAACUAGAAUGGAAAGAAGAUUGGAAACAAAUUUGGGUGCCCGACUGGAAGGAGAUUUGGAUUCCAGCGUGGAAGAAGAUAUGGAGGCCGGUGUGGAUCUCCGAAUGGUUCCCAAUUCAAGAAGAUCACCAUCACCAUCACGACCAACACGGCAACGGUUGGGAUCGCAAAGAUACCGCGAGUGCGAGUGCGAGUGCGAGUGCGAGUACGAGUACUGCCGCCAGAGUGAAACGUCAGCUGAAUGUUUCCACUGCGCACGCGCGUACGCGUAUUUCUAAAAGGUCUCAAAUUCGAUCGCAAAUCACGCCAACGACGACGAUCUAACGAUUUUGUAUAAAAAAUUCACCCAAGACUGAUAUUUUAAGUUUCUCAACUACCUACAUAAGUACCAAUACCUACUUACCUAAGUAUAAUUUGGCAGACUACGCAUACUAGAUAGUAGAUACUCGUAUGUAAUGUAUAAUAAUUCUACAAACUUUCAUAUUUUGCCAUAAAGUAUCGAAUGUAGGUAGGUACCCUACAUAAACGUGUUAAUUACUCGCUGAAAAAUACUACAUACAACUACCUACUAAUAUUUUACUAUACGUACCGCAUGACAAAUACCUACACAAACGAUGAGACGAAGAUGACGAUGACAACUCCCCCUAGUAUGAUGACAAUUUACAAAUCUAUAAUCUGUUCCGCAUACCAGUACCCGGUACGUAAGAUUCUACAUACCUGUACCUAAUGUUAAGUACCCGAGCCUAAAAUCUGCUAUUUCCUUACACUUUUGCGUUUGCGUUACAAAAUACUUAAUACGAGUAAGUAAUUUAGAUAUCUAUAACUCGAAAUAACGCUCUCUUACAUACACAGGUCUACUUAUCCGUCUACCUACCCAGUACAUAGUACCCAGUACCCAAUGGCCAAUGGCCAAUACCCAUCCGACUCUGAAUUAUUUUUUCUCGUAUCACGCAUCCAAUCAAUUGGUUGAAUGCAGUUUGGGUGCGAUACAAUUCUCAAAAUUACGACUUACGAGUAAGUAAUAGGCAUUGAUUGAAGUGAGUCGAAACCAGCGAAGCGAUGAGUAGCGCAGCGUAGGCCGUAGUGUUCAAAAGCGAAUAAUACUUAUAUUACGAGUAAAAUGGUAAGUUGACCCGCAUCAAUGAUACAACAGUCUUAAUCUGUUCGAUCUUGAAUUAUGGCGACAAAAUUCAACAAUUAUAAACGACUACAUCGACGUAACACGCAGUAUAGAUUCGCAUGUAAAUACCUAACACACAAAAAAAAUGUCGAGUAAGCUAUCAAAUUCAGCAAAUUUGUGCAAAUAUACUAUAGGAAUAUUUGAGAACAAGAAUUUGUACAAUAUACGAACCUUUUAGUAAGUUUUUGCGCAUCAUACGUAAAAAAAAAGUAGAUAAUGCGGUGUAAAGGAUAAUGCGAUAUACCUACAUUUUAUGUAAUCGUAAACCUUCGAUACUUAUUUGUCUUUACUCGUGUCUUCGGAUUCUUCUUUUUUUUUUUUAGUAAUUUUCAACGCAUUAUCUAUACUUACACUCGUCAAUUUCAGACCAAUUACGAGCUACUUCAGUUCAUGUACCUAGUUACGUAUACGUACCUACAAUCAAACACUACUCGACUCGACUCGACUCAACUCAACAGACUCCUGUAAACGUACAACAUAUGCAACACAUCAAACACAACAGCGCGAAUAGAGACUGAACAGUGAACGUUAAUUAUUGAAUUCGACGAAAGGACGGAUGUACAUACGCUAAACUGCGUUUAUUUUUUUAAAAACACUGACAAAUUUGCGAUGCCUAAGUAAUAAUUUGUUAAUGAAAAAUUGAGUUUGAUUUUUGUUUUUUUUUUUUCAAUGUCAAAAACUGAACAAUAAGUAUGUACAUGUACAAUAAUUAAUCACGUAGGUAGACUCGAUACCGAGAAUUUUUUAUCCUUUUGAUUUUGUUACCAAAAUAAAACGAAUUUAUUAUGUGCAAUAAUUUUCAAAACUUUCAACAUUUUAUAUUAUUUGUUUGUAUUUAGUCGAAUAAAGAUUUCAACUAAA